UUUACUUUCGUCGAGAUCCAGAAAUGUCUUUUAAGUAACAUCAUGGUGCUAAAGUGGUAACACUUUGACGGAAGUACAUAUAGGGACAAUCACUUUUCUUGAGGAUUACAGCAAACCAUGAAUGAACAGGCUAGCACAACAACCUAUCAAAGCCUUAGCGCGUCUAUGUCUCUACCCAGAAGCCCUAAAAGCCUCCGCAUCAACCUCCCCUCUCAGCCCCAACCUCACAGACCAAACCUACGCCCUUUUUCUCAAGUCCGGCCACCGCCUGGACCCCUUCCUCGCCUCCGCUCUCAUUUCGAAAUUUUCCAAGUCGGGUUACUUCUCCCACGCCCUCCGGUUCCUAAACGACGCUCCAGAACCAUAUACAGUCUCCUACAACGCCCUCAUUGCUAGAUUGGCCCAGUUUGGACCACCCGGGCCGAUUUUUGGGCUAUUCGAUUGGUUGAGAUAUGUGGGCUUAAGGCCAGAUGGGUUUACAGUGAGUGCUCUGGUGAAAGCGUGUGAUGGGUUGGAGGAGAAUGAGAUUGCCCAUGGGGUUUGUUUGAGAUUGGGGUUUGGUUAUGGGGGUUUUGUGGUUAGUGGGUUGGUGGAGAAUUAUAUGACGAUUGGGGAUAUUGGGUCGGCAGCAGAGAAUUGCUUUGGGGAGUGUUUGGUUGCGGACAAUGUGGCUUGGACUGCUAUGAUUUCUGGGUAUGUUUGGAGCGGCAAGUUGGAGAAGAGUAAGGAGGUGUUUGGGGAGAUGAGGAGGUUGGGGAGAUGACGGAAGUACAUAUAGCAUAUAGCAUAUAACAUAUAGCUUGACUGCCGUGCUGGGUGGAUUGUGUGAUGAGAAGGAAGGGGAACAGAUUCAUGGAGUUGCUGUAAAUAUGGGAUUUUUAUGCGGGUUUUCGGUUCAUUUGAGUAAUGCAAUUAUGAAUAUGUACUCUAGGUGUGGGAGUGGCCGGAGUGCGGUUAAGGUGUUUGAUGAAAUGACUGAACCAGAUGCUGUUUCUUGGACUGAGAGGAUAUGAGCUGCUUAUGAUGAUGUGGAAGCUUGGGAAUUGUUUAGAGUUUUACACUCUCGGGGUUUGGAGGUGAAUGAUUAUACGAUUAUUAAUGUUUUGUUGGCUAUUGGAUGGCCGGUGUCGGUGACAGCAAAAUUGGAAAAUGAUGGUCAUAGUUUAGUGAUCUUUGACAUAUGACCACAUCAUUGUACAUAUUGAACCAUUCACAUUGUUUACUUGGCUACCGUCUAGGAACAGAAGUGGCAUCCUUGCCAUUGAUUGAAGAGCUAGUCAUCCGAUGAGUGACGUUUGCGAUCUGAAGAGGUUUUGGAGAGGACAGAGACUAUUGAAUGAAUGGCAUUUGCAGCUAUUCUUGAUUUUUAUCUGUCCCCGCUUUGGCAGAGGCUUCCUGCUUCUGAAGUUGUUGCAAGUUUCAGCGGUAGAAGCAACAGAGAUCUUGCUGAUCAUUUUGUAAGCUGAGGAAAUAUCCGUUCUUUUCUUACGCGGUUUUCUUGUUUGAUGGGUGUGGAUAUAGUGGGAUUGGUUGGGAGUUUAUGUAGCUCAACCAACCCAUUAAGCCUAGGACAGGGGAGGAUUGAUCCGGGAAGAUUAGAGAAAGCUGGAAACAAGCUUUUUCAGAGACUGGUGCUUGUUAGGGGCAUGGCAGCUAGAAUGUCCUGCUGUACAAGAUUCCUUUCAGCUUAACUUGAGACAUUUGAAUAUUUGUGAUGAUUUGGUGACUGAUAAAUCUGUUAAUCCAUAGUUUAAUGCUAAUGAGUAAUGAUUGGUUUGA